CUUUUUGUCACGGAGCCAUCUCGUGUUUCUCCAUUAAAGCCGGAUUUUGGGUAAAAGGCAUAUGAUACACUUGGGGAAAACAAAGACGACAAUCAACCUGCGCCCGCGGCGGGCCUUUCAUAUCGACAAAAAUCAUUCAGUAAACCCGUACCGAUCUCUUAUUCGUUACCGACUCAGCCUUCCGAUUACCUAAGGACUUGUAUUUCACCACGUUCGCAUUGAAACAGCACCAAUUAGACGAGUAGUUGGUUCCCUCUUAAUUCCACCGUUUCCGCCGGAGUCCUUAAACGAGCACUAUCCUAUAAGCCUAAGAUGUCGGAAGCUUACGAGCGCGAGCGCCAGAAUAAUGCGCGAUUGGAGGAACUGUCCGCGAAGGUGUCGUCGCUGCGUGGCGUAACCGUUGAUAUCUACGACAACGCGAGGGCGCAAGAUGUCAUCGAUAAUACUUCCGAUACCUUCUCUUCCAUGUCGAUGCAGCUAAAAGGGUCUGCCGGUCGACUGGGUCGUAUGGCAGCGUCGGGAAACAAAGUCGCCAUCCUCAAACUCUCGGGCAUCCUCAUCGGCACCUUCCUAGUCAUAUACUAUAUCCUUAGGUGGAUUUUCUAGACGACUCUUCUCGUAACGGCAUACGAUCAACAAAACAGAACACCACUGACCCAGGUCCAAUGGGGUAGUUUGAAUGAUUGCAAAAUCAUACGCUGUCAGUUUCGUACCCGAUAGCACGAUGUCGCUCAUACGAAAGGACAUACAAACAGUGGAGGAAUUCAUGAAGGAGUCAAUAGUAUGGUUGGUAUUCGUGCUCUGCCCUCGUGUGGUCAUGAAAAUGUGUAAUGCUUCGGGCGGGAUUGCAUUGCCUGUGUGCUUGUGCCUUCACAUAUCUAGUUGGCAUCAGUAGCAGCUCUAUAUGAGAGGAUAAAGCAGUUAAGUUUGGGCUGGUUCAAUAUUGGAGUUAGCAGUCCCUAUAGCAGCAUAGCAUAGGCGUUAUGAGUUUAGCCUUGUUCAUACGGAAUGAAUG